UUUUUUUUUUUUUUUUCAACUUUAACUAUCAUUCCAGAAUCAUCCGCAAACGCAGAGGAGCAAGAAAACCGGCAACUGCCAGUGCAGAAGCCUCUGAAAAGGCGAAUUUGUCGAUAUUUCGCUUCUGAAAAAUCCUGCUAUUUUGGCGAGCACUGCCGUUUUCUACAUGUACAGCAAUCAGACCAAGACAAGACCGAUAGGGCUGAGCCUACGAGCGCUUCUCAGACGGCGGAUCCGAUCCCGAAAUCUUCAAGAUCCGUAAUUCGGCCAACUGUAAUUUUGCUGAAUAGAAGUGAAAUAGGAAAACAGCCACAGCGGGAUGCUCGAGAAUCGGAGAUCAGUUAUUUCCGACGAAGAUUUCGCGAUGCAGAAUUUACUUUUAAUGACAAUUGCUGUUUCGUUGAGUUUCAGUACAGCGUUACCGACCCAGAAUGGGUGAGCAAUUUUCUGAAAUCGUCUGAAGCUUUCGAUAUGAAAGCUGUCAAAUUGAAAUGCAAAAUUCCCGAGGAAUAUCCAUGUGCCAUGCUGUGUGUAACUUUGAACGAUGCCGAUCUGCCGAUUCCAUUAGUCACUCAUUUCAACGGAAAAGUCCGCGAAUUUUUGGAAGUAUGUUUUUAUUAA